AUGGAUAAAAAUGUUAAGAGACGUAAGAGGUAUGCGGAAAUGCCGCAUAGCCAGAAAGCUGACCUGCUCCGUCGCCGUCGAGAACGGAACGCUUCAAAGAAGGCAGCCACUGCUGUGCCUUCUUCUGAUGAAACGAUCCGUUUUCAAAGACCUGUCGAGAAUAGCCGAGAUUAUUUUAGUAGUACUCCACUAGGAUAUACUCAGACUGGUGUUGUUUUGGUUGGCGCUGUGGAUAGUUCCAUCCCAGCUUCUUCAUCUUUAAAUGACAAUAGGGAAAAUCUGUUCAUUACUCAGUCAGAAUAUGUUACUUCAUCUUCUUAUCCUACGCCAGCCUCUCUUCCGUCGCAACUUUCUCGAGGUAGGAAUCUUCAGCAUGUGCCUUCCAGAUUAUCUCGGCUAGAAAAUAUUCCAACCCAAUCUGCUAUUCUUCCUCCUACUCCAAAUUGUGAACACUGUGGUGCCAAACGCUUCCCUUCAGAACCUCUUUCUUUUUGUUGCUCUGAAGGUGAAAUCUCUGUUGUUGCUCCUGCUAUGCCUAAUGCUCUUAAGCGCCUAUUCAUUGGUAAUGAUGAGGAAUGCGAGCACUUUAGGAAGAACUCCCGUACAUAUAAUAAUAAUGUGGCGUUCACGUCUUAUGGUGCUAAGUAUGAUCGUGAGCUGACAAAAAAUACAAAAGGGGUUUAUACAUUUCGAGUCCAGGGCCAGGUAUAUCACUUCUUGGAUGGUCUAAUCUCUCCGUCUGAUAAAUCCUCGGGAGUUCAGUUAUAUUUUUUUGACACUGAUGAAGAGCUCACAAACAGAGUUCAAAAUUCUGAUAAGCUUCGGCCAGCCACCCUCAAGCUGUUAAUGACAAUCCUGCAAGAAAAUCCUUAUAGGCGGUUUUUUAAAGAACUUAGGCAUGUUCAGGCCAUUGAGACCCAUACUAUAGUUCUUAGGUGCUAUCCUGGCCUAGAUCAGCGUGUCUUUAAUCUUCCUACUGCCUCUCAAGUUGCCGCUAUAUGGACCGAGCCAGAUGAUGAGUUGGCUGAGAAAAGCCCCCACAUUCAGGUUUAUAGCCAUUCCAACGCAAGUUAUAGGGUCCAAUCAUAUUAUGCGUGUUACGAUCCUCUUCAGUAUCCUCUUCUCUUCCCUAGAGGUGAAUCUGGUUGGCAUCGUGGGAUCAAGAGGCUAUUCUCAAAAAGGAAGAAACCUGAUACUGAUGACCCAGAAGUUCAUGUUGAUUUUUCUUCUGCCCAGGAUUCUUCUGCCUUAUUCCACUUUGAAGAUAUAGCUGCUCGGCAAAAAACCUCUCAAGACUAUACUGUUUCUGCUAGGGAGUACUAUUGUUAUCGGCUGCAAAUAAGAGACAAUGAUGAUUCUAUGUUGAUUCAUAGCCUGAGAUUAUUUCAGCAAUUUGUUGUUGGUACAUAUAUAAAAAUUGAAACAUCUAGACUGGAUUUUCAUAGAAAGCGGCAAACUGAAAUUAGAACAGAGAUCCUUCAACGGGUUCUAGACAGUGUUCCAAUAGGCCAAACACAGGGGUCUAGAGUCGGCCGUCGAAUUGUAUUGCCUGCUUCAUUUAUUGGCGGCCCAAGGGACAUGAGAAGAAGAUAUCUUGAUGCAAUGACCUUGGUUCAAAAGUACGGCAAGCCUGACAUAUUUCUUACCAUGACUUGCAAUCCGAUGUGGAAAGAAAUUCAGGAGAAUCUUCAAUACCAUGAAAAACCACAGGAUAGGCCUGAUUUGCUGGCUAGAGUUUUUAGAGCUACGUUUGAAAUGUUAAAGGUUGAACUCCUUAAGAAACAGAUUUUUGGUGAGGUUGCAGCCUGUGUCUAUGUUAUUGAAUUCCAAAAGCGAGGCUUUCCACAUGCCCAUUUGCUGCUUAUUCUUAAAUCAGGCUCCAAACUAUUGAAUCCUGAAUCAUAUGACAAAAUUGUUUGUGCUGAAAUACCAGACCCUGUCAAGAAUAGGCAUUUAUAUUCCCUGGUCAUUAAGCAUAUGAUUCAUGGCCCCUGUGGUUAUAGGGAUAAACAAAGCCCGUGCAUGAGAGCUGGUAAAUGCAAAAAUCAUUAUCCUAAAAACUUUGCUCCUUAUACAGUUCAUGGUGAGGACAACUAUGCAUGUUAUAGAAGAAGAGAUGAUGGCAGAAAAAUAAAGGUGCGCAAGCAUGAGCUCAACAACCAAUGGGUGAUACCUUACAGCCCAUACUUAUUAGCUCUAUUUGAUUGCCACAUCAAUGUUGAGAUCUGCUCCACUGUUAAGCUUGUUAAGUACCUUUACAAAUAUAUUUUUAAAGGUCAUGAUCUUAUCAGCUUUAAUCUUCUUGACCAAGCAUCUUCUGGUACCAUUGAUGAAAUUAAUUCCUUCCAGCAAGCACGUUGGGUUUCACCUCCGGAAGCUUUGUGGCGCAUAUAUGAAUUUCGCCUAACAGAAAUGAAUCCAGCAGUUUAUACCCUCCAAGUCCACCUUCCUGACCAACAAUUUGUUUCUUUUGAUAAAAGUUCAGAUCUGUGGUAUCUGUUAAGGAAGAUUGAUUUUUCAAAGACUAUGCUGACUGAGUUUUUCAGAAUGAACAAAACCAAUACCACAGCUCAGAAUUUGAAAUGUUUAUAUAGAGAUUUCCCUCAACACUUUGUGUGGACACCAAAGACAAAGACAUGGUCAGAGAGGAGUCGUAGAACGAUCAUAGGAAGGCUGGUAACUGUUGAACCUAAAGAAGGAGAAAGAUGCUAUUUAAGACUUUUACUCAAACAUAUUCCGGGUCCAACGUCAUUUGAUGACUUACUUAUGGCUAGAGGUCAUAAAACAGCCUCUUUUAGAGAGGCCUGUUUGGAGCUAGACUUGCUUCAAUCUGAUUCUUAUAUAGAACAAGCAUUAGAGGAAGCAGCUCAUUUCCAGAUGCCUUAUUUGUUAAGGUCUUUAUUCGCAAUGCUUCUUUUCUAUUGCUGCCCGAAAGACCCUAAACAUCUUUGGCAAUCAUUUGAAGAACAUCUAUCUUCUGAUUAUAAACGAAGCUCAGCUCAUCGGCAUUGCACGCCGAUAAAGAUCAAAAGAAAAGUUCUUUGGGAUAUUAAUGUAACAUUGGAGCACAUGGGGAAAACCCUCGAUGAUUAUCAUUUUCUUGAAGAUUCCUUUGCAUCUUGCCAUGGUGAGCGUCUGACCAAAGAAGUUCAAAGUGAAACAACCAUACCUAUUGAUCCAAAAGAUCUGCUUCUUGCUCAAAAAAUGAAUUCUGACCAGAGGCAUGCAUUUGACUUAAUUCUGGAUUCAGUAUCCUGUUCAAAGGGUCAAGCUUUCUUUGUAGAUGGUCCAGGUGGAACCGGGAAAACUUUCUUAUAUCGCUCGCUUCUUGCUUCUCUACGCUCAGAAGGAUAUGUCGCAAUAGCAGUUGCCACAUCUGGUGUUGCGGCAUCGCUCCUCCCUGGUGGUAGAACUGCACAUUCAAGGUUUAAGAUCCCUUUGGACUUUUCAAAACAAAAGGCUUGUCAAUUAAGUAAACAAAGCAGUGUUGCAAGGCUGAUUGUUGAUGCUAAAUUAAUCUUGUGGGAUGAAGCUUCGAUGGCAAAAAGAGAAGCAAUAGAAGCGUUUCAUUGUCUUCUUACAGAUAUAAUGGAAUCUGAUCUACCAUUUGGAGGAAAAACAAUUGUUUUUGGCGGUGAUUUUCGCCAAACCCUGCCUGUUAUUGAACAUCUACCUCCACCAGAUUUGGUCCAAUCAACUCUUUUAUGCUCCCAUUUAUGGUCUCAUAUGUGUAAACUACAACUAGGAACAAAUAUGAGAGCUGCCUUAGAUCCAGCAUUUUCAGCUUUUUUGCUUAGAGUUGGAGAAGGUGUUGAACCUGUUGAUGAACAUGGUCAAAUAUCUCUACCAUCUCAUAUGGUUAUUCCUUAUCAUAACAAAGAAGAAUCACUUGACAGGUUACUUGGGACCAUAUUUCCUGAUAUGAAUCUAUACUCAUGUGAUCCUUACCAAAUGAUAAAUAGAUGUGUCCUUUGCCCAAAAAACUGUUCAGUUGAUGAAAUUAAUGAGAUGAUGAUUGCAAAAUUCCCUGGAUGUCUUCACAGAUAUAUAAGCUGUGAUAGAACUGUUGAUAGGAGAUAUCAAGCGGAUUAUCAGGACUUUCUAAAUUCUUUGAACCCAAAAGGUCUACCUCAUCAUGAACUCUUGCUCAAAGAAAACUGUCCUAUAAUGCUCCUCAGAAAUCUGAAUCCAACAGAAGGUCUUUGCAAUGGAACCAGAUUAAUCUGUAGAGAAUUGGCUGAACACACAAUUUCUGCCGAAAUUGUCUCUAGCCUUCAUAGAGGCAAAAAGGUCUUCAUCCCAAAAAUUUCCUUGCAAACUUCUGACACCGAAAAACACGGUAUUCCAUUCAUACGGACACAAUUUCUUGUCCGUUUAUGCUUUGCAAUGAUAAUCAAUAAAUCUCAGGGUCAGACUCUUGACUAUGUUGGAAUUUACCUCCGUGAACCAGUCUUUUCUCAUGGCCAGCUUUAUGUUGCUCUCUCUAGAGCUAGGAAUUCUUCUGCAGUUAAAGUUUUGAUUGCUCCGGGAUGCACGAUGUUAUCUCAGUUAAAAACGUCCUGUCUGGAUCUGAGGGUUGGACCUGCAAAGUAA